AUUAUUGUGAAAAUAAAAACAUCUGAAAAAUGGUUCAAUAUUGUUUUAUAUGCAAAUGGAGAGCUGAUAAAGAACCGCGAAGAUCUUUUCACAAAUUUCCGUCUAUAGAAUCAGAAAAACAAAAAUGGCUAAGCAUUAUUGGAAAAAGUGAUGUUAAUAUAGGUAAACGGACAUCAGUCUGUUCAAUUCAUUUCGAGAAGUGUUGUUUUCGGUAUGGAUUAGUCAACAACAGAGAAAUACUCAAACCUGAUUGUGUUCCAUCUCUAUAUUUGACUAAAACAACAGAAACUUCAAAACCAGUAAUGGAUAUCCCACCUGAGCUUUCUAUACCUGAGUCAUCUCUACAAGAUUGUAUUGAUAAAAACUAUAGUGACAUUUCAGCGAGUACAUAUGUCGAAUUACAAUCAAAUGAUGUAUCAAUGAAUUCAACAAAAAAUUCAGACGUUUCAGCACCUUUGGUAGUUGAUAGCAAUGACGCCUCUCAUAAAAAAGUUCGUAUCAUUGACACAGCUGCACUUCAAAAAUUCAAAGAUCAAUUGAUGCAAAAAAGUGAAAAAUAUCAACGGAGAGUUCAGCGAAUGCAACAACGAAAAAAAAAAAUAUCUUUAAAAAAGAAAAGUUCUGAUAGACCUGUUGAAAAUGAAUUAUUGCACACUCGUGAGUCAGCAACAAGAAGAAAUAAUGGAAUGGUUGUCUGUCCUGAAUGCAGCACCAAUAUAAAUGUCGAAGAUAAACAGAAAGAAAAAACAAACGCAGUGCUAGUAAACGCAUACCAGUACUUCGCUAAUGAGUGUCCGGAGUUGACGCGCGCACAGCUCCGACAGCGCACGGCUCAGUGCACCGGCGCCAACGAGGCCGACGUGGAGUGCGCACUUAGAAUACACUGGUCGCAGAAUGCAGAGUCCUCAGACACACCAUAUGGACCGCCUCAUAAACGUCGAAGAGUACAAAACCAACACCCUGGUGAAGAAUCUGAGACUCUGUAUGUAGAAGUGGAAGUACAGCCGGGCGAAUAUGAUGAAGACAGUGAGGAGGAUCCCCUUUCCUCGGAGGACGAGGACAUCAAGCCUGAUGUGACGGAGACCUGCAUACAACAAACUACUUUUAUUGCGAGUGAAGAUAUCAAAAAAGAAACUGUAGAAUCAGAAGACGGAGUCAGUUAAUAUGUUGUAUUCUUCAAUGGACCCACCCCUUAAAUACAUAUAACUUUUUUAUGGUAUAAGCCGGUAAACGAGCAGACUGUACUCUUGAUGGUAAGCCAUCGGCGCCGCCCAUAAACACCCACACCACCAGAGGCGUUACAAGUGCGUCGGCCUUGAGGGAAUAAGAAUUUAAGGAGUGUCAGGGAAUGGAUUGGGCCUCCGGUAACUUCACUCACACUACAAAACACGGCGGUUUUCUGCUCGGCCGUGGUAUCGCUCCGAUCGAGUCGGCCCGUUCGUCCCGGAGCAUGGCUCUCUCACGCUUAAACUUGGUGGUACAUUGUACAUGCCUCUACUAAUACCUGGGUAAUAAACAAGUGCGACCUUAUGUUAUUUAAUGUGUUAUUUUUGUCGUAAUAUUUGUUACAAUGAUUCAAUUCAUGUAUGUAUGCUUUAUGUGAAUAAAUGUACCUAAUUGAUAAAGUCAAAAAUGUAUUAUUCUGUAAGCCAUGUGGCGACAUCAAAAUG